AUGUUUGCUUUAAAAAACCUACGAUUAUCAUUAUCAAGGAACUCUUUUCAAGCAGGUACAUUUAAUCCAAGACUUUUGCGACGCAAUGCGUUUCCUCUAGCCUUUCAAAUGCCCUCGUCUCGGAGUAUAUGGAUCAGAUCAGAAGAAACACCAAACGAAAACGCAAUCAAGUUUUUGCCUGGACUCGAUAUUCUUCCUCCCACUAUUGGCACUUUAGAGUAUAUGAGAAGCCAAGAAUUCAACAACUCCCCUCUGGCUGAAAAGCUCUUCGGGAUACCUGGCGUCAAAAGUAUAUUUUAUGGAAGAGACUUUAUUACAGUUUCCAAAGAUGAAUCUCAAUCCUGGUCACGGUUAAAGCCAGAAGUUUUUAGCACCAUAAUGGAGCAUCUGAGCAAUGGAGAGACUGUUCUAUCUGGUGACCCAUUGAAUGGUCCUAGUGACACCCAAAUUUUGGAAUCCGAUUCUCAAAUCGUUGCUAUGAUUAAAGAGCUCCUCGAAACAAGUAUCCGUCCAUCAAUUCAAGAAGACGGCGGUGACGUUGAAUUUCGUGGAUUCGAUGAGGAGACAGGCAUGGUCUCGUUAAAGUUGCGCGGUGCUUGUCGCUCAUGUUCUUCAUCUGCAGUGACUUUAAAGAGUGGUAUUCAACAAAUGUUGAAUCACUAUAUCCCAGAAGUACGAGAAGUUAAUCAGGUCCUGGACCCCGAAGAAGAAAUUGCGAUAUCAGAAUUUGAAAAGUUUGAAAACCGAAUUCAUCAAAAUCAGCAAAAAGAGGAAAAGUAA